GUCAGCUGCCAGAGAGAUCAAGCAGUAAGGUGGAUGAGGAGGGACUGGAGCUGGCAGUGUGCAGGCAUGAUGUCUUGCUGGCUGCCCUUAAUAUGUUUGUACAUGCUAAAGCGCAUGACUUCAAAUGUGAGGUCAAAUGGAGUAGCAAACCAAGAAGGUGCUGGUAAAACACUAGGGGAGGAAGUAGAGCAAUGUAAUGCUUCCCUCUCCAGGAUAGCAGUCACCACAAAGCAUAUGUCAAAAGCAGGACGCAAUGACAUGCUGACACUCCUGGCCAUAAGAUGGAACCAGCAGAAAUGUCCAAACCUGGCUACUGCACUUUCCCAGAGAUACCAUAAGACAUCUAAAGCUCUCAAUAUCCCGAUUGGGGACCUGGAAACCCUGAAAGCCCCGCAUCAACUGGGUGAACAAACUGUGGAAGAAUUUGUGCAAGAAGUAAAAGAAUGGGCCGAUGGAGAAAUUGACCAUCAAGGCACACCACAAGCUUUGUGUAAGAAGAUUGAGGCCUUAACAACCAGCAUCAACACGAGAGCUCAACUCCUAUAUCGGAAAAAUGGCUCUGCUGAUUUCAGCACAAAGAAAGAAGUCUUCCAUAGGGUCAUGGGUGUUCGAAGGCUUCAAGAGGAGAAGAAGAUCCUUGUGAAAGAAAUGAAGCAGCACUGGGAGUCUCUCAAAGCCCAUGCCAGGGUCUUGUCCCAGUUGUCUCAGCAUCAGAGUGAAGACGCCAUGCAAAGACAUCUCACAGAGAAAGCAACAAAGGGUCACACCUGCCUCAUCCUUCCAGUGGGAAAUGAGAGAGCUGCAGCGGCAUACAAGAAAACACUACCUGCAUGUGCUGUCAUCAGCAGAUGACAUAAUUGACACAAUGGACAGUUCAGAUGAGUUCGACGUUAGCUGUGGAGAUUCAGAGUCUGAUGCAAUGUAAAACAGGAAGAUGUGGUGCUCAUGAUCACAGUGCACCGUGUGCGACACAUGGUCACACAGAGCAUGUGGCUUUAAAAAGUGACUAACGUAUGUGCUCAUUGUCAGGAUUAAGUUGGAGAUGAUAGUUUUUGUAUUAGGUUGUUGUUAUUUUUGCAUUUGGUUUUGAAAUGUUUAUUCACUUAUAUAAGGUUGGAUUUCUCUACUGGGUUGUGGGAAGUUCCUGGUUAAUGUUGUCUUACAUCUUUACAACACAAACCACUGUCCUUUACUGUCUUAUCUUUGAUUCACGUUCAGUUCUGCAUCUUUUCAGGGAUUUUCUUUCCAGUUGAUCUUUACUGUUUGAUUUAUAAUUCUUCUUUAAUGUUUAAUUAAACAAAGGCACAAUGAAGCUACAUUUCUGAUUGA